GAGCUGGACCUGUCGCGGUACGCGCCGCCAGAGGCUCUGACCAGGCUGCCCGAGGAAGCCGAAGAGGCCAUCAUUCUAGUGGUGCAGUCAUCGAUAGAAAACAUCCAGCAACAGGUCGAGGCCGAGAAGCAGCGGGCGGACGAAGCGGCGGCUGCUGCUGCCGCCGCCGCCGAAGAAGCAGAGGCCGCCCGGCGGGCCGAGGAAGAAGCCGCAGCACAGCAGGGGAAGGGCAAAGGCCGGGCAGAAUACCCCGACGACCAAUGCGUGUCGUGCCUCGAGGACAUCACCCCCAAGGACGGAGUCAAAACGGUAUGUCACUACUACUGCGCCGAGUGCUUUGAGCGGCUCAUCGAGGUCACGCUCACGAGCGAGGCGCAGUGGCCGCCAAAGUGCUGCCUGAACCCAAUACCCUUCCGGACCAUCGCACGGCAUGUCGGUGACGAGCUCCUGCAGCAAUACAAGGACAAAGACGAGGAGUACAAGGUGCCGGUAGAGAACCGCAUCUACUGCAGCGAGCCGGACUGCGGAGAGUGGGUGCGCAAAGUCGACCAGGCCCGCAAAACGGCGCGGUGCUCCAAGGGACACACCAUGUGCCUACUAUGCCGGGGCGCGCCUCACGACACGGCCGAGGCAUGCCCGCAGGACCGCGACCGGCUACUUACGGACCAGCUGGCGGAAGAGGAGGGGUGGAGGCGCUGCAUACGAUGCAGCGUGCUAGUCGAGCACCGCGAAGCCUGCCAGCACAUGACGUGCAGGUGCGGAGCAGAGUUUUGCUACGUCUGCGGUGCAGCCUGGUGUACAUGUGCCUGCAACAUCGCCAUGUUGAACGAGAUCAAGCAGCGCGCAGCGCAGCGGAGGCAGGUGCGCGAGGAGGCACAGGCGGCCGAAGACGCGUGGCUGGCUAAGGCGCUGGAGCUGAUCGCGAACCUCGAGCGCGAGGAGCGCCGCAAGGCCGCCGAGGCUAGAGCCGCCGAGGAAGCGGAGCGCCUGCACCGCGAGGAGGUUAGGCUGGCGGCGCUCGAGCCUAAGUACAAAGGGCUGCGCAUCAGCCUGGCCGAGCUUGAGCUCUUCCAGCGCAUCUCGCUGUUCUCGGCCCAGGACAGCGAGCUAGUAGCGUGCACUGCGGGCGCGGCCGAGGAGCGCGCCGCGCAAACACAGAAGCACGAGGCCGAGCGGGCGGAGCUGCGGGCGGCGGCGGCGGCCGAUAUCCGGAGCCGCGAGCUCGAGUGGGAGAAAGACUACCGCGUGCGUGCGGCUUGGGAGAAGCAGCUCGAGCAAGAGUACGCAGCAGCACUGCGGACAUUCUGGGCAGACAAGGUCGGCGGGCACGUGCGGCUGGAGCAGGCGAUGCGAGACUACAUGCGCAAGAACGACGGGCGCAUGGACGCGUGGCGCAGAUGGAAGUCGGACGAGCUGGAGCGGUUCCGGUACGUGGCCGAGGACGAGCUGGCGGUGCGCGAGGAGCUCAUGGACGCGGCGAGCGAGCGGCAGGCCGAGAAGCUGGCGGCCCGCGAGACGGAGCUCAUCCGCAGGCACAUGGCCGAGCGCAAGUGGUACGACCUCGUCGUUGCCGAGCGCGAGCGGCUGCUGGCCGAGAUGGAGGUGGUCGAGAGGGAGACUGGUGGAGAGGCUCUCCUCGGCAAAGGAAGCGAG